GACGCUGUGCCACAUCAAGUGGAAAUAACCAAUUUGUUGCAGCUCUCAACUCUUCUAUAGUGCCACAAAAAUAUUCCCAAGUGAGCCCGGCUAGGAAGGAGCACCAUGAUGUGGCUGUUCCUAACCAUCGCUUAUUUAAUGUGCAUCAGUGAAAAGUCAGAUGCGAGCCCCGAGGUGUCCAUGGAUGUUGGUGAAAUUAUCCGCUACCAUGGGUACCCCUAUGAGGAACAUGAAGUGGUGACAGACGAUGGCUAUUACCUCACCGUGCAGAGGAUUCCUCACGGCAGAGACAACCCGGGAAGCAUGAGCACCUCCCAUGAAGCAGAGACGCAGCGUUCCAGCAUGUUCUGUCCCCCCCCAAAGCCUGCGGUCCUCCUGCAGCAUGGCCUGGUGUUGGAGGGAAGCAACUGGGUUACGAACUUGCCCAACAGCAGCCUGGGCUUCAUCCUCGCUGACGCCGGCUACGAUGUCUGGAUUGGAAACAGCCGGGGGAACAGCUGGUCACGAAAGCACAAGGAGUUUGAGUUUCACCACCAGGAAUACUCAGCUUACAGCUUUCAUGAGAUGGCCAUGUAUGACCUUCCAGCGACGAUCAACUAUAUUCUGCAGAAAACUGGACAGGAGCAGUUAUACUACGUGGCUUACUCUCAAGGCACCACCACAGGUUUCAUUGCGUUUUCUUCCAUUCCCGAGCUGGAUCGCAAAAUCAAGAUGUUUUUUGCCUUGGCUCCUAUCACCACAAACUCAAAUAUGAAGUCACCCUUGAUAAAGGUGUUUGACCUUCCCGAGGCGCUGAUUAAGCUCAUUUUAGGACGCACGGUGGUCUUUGAUAAGGGCGAGAUCUUGCAGCAAGUGAUUUCCAGUCUGUGCAGCUACUCCAUCUUCAAAAGCUUUUGCUCCUUGGUCCUUUACUUGCCUGGUGGGUUUACGAACAGCUUAAAUGUGAGCCGCAUAGAUGUCUACCUGUCCCGCUACCCUGAUUCAACAUCCCUAAAGAACAUGUUACAUUGGCGUCAGGUCUAUCUAACAGGGGAAUUCAAACAUUACGAUUACGGCAGUGACAACAUGCUUCAUUACAACCAGACCAUACCUCCCUUCUAUGAGCUGGAAAAUAUGAAAGCACCACUUGCUGCAUGGUAUGGUGGCAGGGACUGGAUUUCAGCCCCCGAAGACGUAAGCAUCACACUGCCUCGUAUAACCAACGUGGCAUACAAAAAGUACAUUCCCGAAUUCGUCCACUUUGAUUUCCUCUGGGGUAUGCAAGUGUAUGAACAAGUGUACAAAGAAAUUCUUGAACUGAUGGAGAAAAGCGCCUAG